GCUGAUUUCCCAGUUUUCUCCGGGAAAGGUGGAGCUUACAGAUGGCGAGGAGUGAUGACGUAUAGGUGCGCCUGUUUUCCUGGCCUUACCGUUACCGGGCAGCUACAGUUUAGUGGUUACUGGCGUACAGUGGAACUGACAUGACGUCAGCGCUGGAGAAUUACAUCAACCGAACGGUUGCAGUCAUUACAGCUGAUGGGAGGAUGAUUGUGGGAACACUAAAGGGAUUUGACCAGACAAUUAACCUUAUUUUGGAUGAGAGUCAUGAAAGAGUAUUUAGCUCUACACAAGGAGUGGAACAAGUGGUGUUGGGACUGUACAUUGUAAGAGGAGAUAAUGUGGCAGUUAUCGGAGAAAUUGAUGAAGAGACGGACUCUGCUCUGGAUCUGGGGAAUAUUAGAGCAGAACCUUUGAACUCUGUUGUAAAUUGAAAGAUGUUAAUAUAAAUCUAGAGCUGUACAUGACUUGAAGAAACUUUUUUUUGUUACAAACUAAUGCAUUUGGAUUAUCGCCAUAUUCUACGUACAUGUUUUAUUGUGACUGUAUUUUAGUUAUGUAAAUUAAAAUGUUUGUACAUUUUUA